AUUAUUUAUUUUAACUUUAUUUACUAAUAUCUUAUGAAAUUAAAUAAAUGAAUUGGUUUUAAAGGCAGCCUAAACCGAUAAGUGUGAUUUUUAUUGUCCUUACUGUACUAUGGCGGCUUUACUUAAAAAGAGAGCUUUGGCUGAAUACAAUAAAUCAUUCCAGGAUGGUCCAUCUUCAAAAAAGCUCCAUUUAGCUAAGAAACCAUUAAUUGGCAGUUCUGCAGCAGCCUUUGUAGGACUUUUGGAAAAAUGCAAAUCGAGCGAGGAGGCGCUUCAAUUACUUUUAAGGAUAUCAGAUUGCUUACAAUUUCAAGAGUCCGAUGUUGAGGAAGCGAUCAAAAAGCUUUCGGAACAUUUCCAAUCUGAAGAGGAAUCAGUUGUUAGAGUGAAAAUAUUGUGGUUAUUCUGCGAUAUAGGCCUGGAAUGUCCAGGUGCUAACUUAAACAGUUUAAUAGAAGAAACAAUACAUUUAAUUAAAAAUGAAACAUCUCACAAAGUUAUUGCCCAAGGUGUUGCAACAUUAUUAAAACUAGGCACAAAAUUGAACGAUGAUAAGAUUUUGAUGAUGCGUCUGGUAAAUGUUGCAAAAGACAAUCUAAAAGACACAAGUCAUUCAGUGAAGUGCAGAUGUCUCCAACUGAUCAGUGAAUUGUACCCCAUCUAUCCUAAGUCAGAUAGAACUCAAGAUAUGACAACGGAAGCUGAUGCUAUUGUCAAAUUGUUGGGGGAUUAUUCUAACGCUGAGGAUGCAAGAGUGAGAUGUGAGGCAUUCCAAUCUUUAUUAACAUUACAUGAGCGAGGGCAGACUUUAAAUGCCUCUUUGUAUGAACAUGUGUGUGAAUCACUGUCUGACGACUAUGAAAUUGUUAGAGAAGUCGCUCUUAAGCUCCUUUGGCUGCUGGGAAAUAAGUAUCCAGAGAAUACGAUAACUCUACCGGAUGGUGAGACCACAAUGCGUCUGGUGGACGAUGCGUUUGUCCGCAUCUGUUCAGCGGUGAACGACCUGUGCAUGCAGGUGCGUGCACUGGCCUGCUCGCUGCUCGGCACCACGCGUAACGUCUCUGACCGCUUCUUGCUGCAGACGCUCGAUAAACAACUCAUGAGUAACAUGAAGAAGAAGCGCACUGCUCACGAGCGCGGGGCGGAGCUGGUGCGGUCUGGGGCGUGGGCGAGCGGGCGGCGCUGGGCUGAUGACGCGCCCGGCCAGCUCGUGCCGCAGGACAGCGUGCAGCUGCUGCCCGGUGGUGCGGCCGGCGCCUUCGUACACGGACUAGAGGAUGAGUUCAUGGAGGUUCGCACGGCGGCGGUGGAAGCGGUGUGCCAGCUGUCGCAGGAGAGCGCAAUCUUCGCGACCACCUCGCUAGACUUCCUCGUAGACAUGUUCAACGAUGAGAUCGAGGACGUGCGCGUGCGCGCCAUCAACAGCCUCACCAAGAUGUCACACCACAUCAUAUUGAGAGAAGAUCAACUUGAGAUUAUCUUGGGCGCUCUGGAGGACUUUUCAAUGGAUGUCAGAGAAGGGCUGCACAGAAUGCUCGGAUCGUGUACUGUCGCGUCCAAAACGUGUCUCGAAAUGUGUAUCGACAAAAUAUUGGAGAAUCUGAAAAGAUAUCCUCAGGACAAGCGUUCUACAUUCCGCUGUGUGCAGCGCAUGGGCAGCGCGCACGCGGCGCUCGUGCUGCCGCUGGCGACGCGUCUGCUCGCUGUGCAUCCAUUCUUCGACAUGCCCGAACCGGACGUCGAGGAUCCAGCUUACAUGUGCAUACUGAUCUUGGUGCUGAACGCGGCGCAGCACUGCACAACCAUGCUGCCGCUGUUCGAGGAGCACACUAUCAAGCACUACACAUAUCUCAGGGACACAAUGCCGCAUCUCGUGCCGCAUCUACCCAUUGGUGAGUCUCAGUUGUCGCGCACGGAGCGCAGUGAGCUGCUGGACGACAGCGCAGUGCGGCGCUUCUUCGACACUGUGCUGCAGCACAUCGACAACACAGCGCUCUCAGCCAACGUGCGUCUCAACAUGCUGCGAUCCGCUGAGGAACAGCUCAAUAAGCUGUCAGAGAUGGAGCCGAUGUGCGCGGGUGCAGCUAUAUUCACAGCGUUGUUCGCGCGCUGUGUGCUGGCGCUGCAUGACGCACUGCUGGCUGCAGGUGGACCGCCACCACAUGCACUCGCACAACUCACCACUGACUGUCUCAGACUACAGCAUCAGUUCAGCGGCGUGUCGGAGCAGGAGAGCGCGUGCGUGGGUCAGGUGGCGCUGCGUGUGGCGGCGGCCCGGCUGUGUGCUCCCGAGGCUGCGGCCGGAGUCGCCAGCGCCUCCGCCACAGCCACCGGCACUGCGCCCUCCGCACCUCUAGCUGCCAUGUCCGCCGCAGCCGCACUCACGCACCAGGCCGAGCUGCUCGACAGACUGCUCGCCUCCGCAGGUGUGGAACCGGACGCGUUCACAAUCGCGGUAUUCCAGCAGCUUUCAGCGAGCGGAGAGCACAAGCCGGCCGCGCUCGCACGCGCACUACUGCCGCGUCUACUCUCCGCACCACUACCAGCCAUACCUAAACCCAACCUAAAGAUCCGGAUGUGCACUGCGAGUAUAGUGGAGCCGGCGAGUGACAACGAUACUGUGGUGCGGUUCAGCGCUGGUUUGAUCGCGGGUGUCGCGCUCGAGGCGGAGGUGGUGCGCGUGCGCGAGCCUGCCGCACUGCGCGUGCGCGUCGCCUACCCUGACCGUCGUGUGCACGCGCUCGUCCCCCCCACUGACCACCUGCGCACACUCGACCAUCUUGAUAACAAUGAUGACGGCACACAGAAUGUUCGUUUGUUAACAAAAGUGUUGAUAUCUCAUGGGGUAUGGACGGAGCCGUGUGGGGUCGACAUCUCUAUUUGCCUAGCUGUGGAGGAGGCGAGCAGCAGAGAGCCCGCCGCACUAGUCGAGCUGUGCCGACCUGUGCGCGUCACUGUCGCUCCCAAACCCAUCAAGAGAGGCAUAUAGUAUAAAUAAGAUAGAACAGAAGUUCAGCAGCGUUGUGUAAUGGUCUGUCAUCGGCGGUAUUUCUAGACCGCUACGGCUUAGGGUCCUUCAAGAAGCGAGUGUAUCACCAUCUCAAAGGCCGGCAACACUUCUGCAGUACCUAUGGUAUUGCAGCCAAAGGCACAAGCCAAAAACAGUCAUCAUAACAGUUGGCAACAUAUCCUUUUUCAGCAAAUAAAUAGAUAUUAUAGUG